UCGGAGGUCGUGUUGUGCUUCUCUUUAAUGUUUAUAGAUUUCAGUGAAUUUAGUUACUAUAAGACGAUGAAUUUAUACAAAUAUUAAAGAACUAUGAUUUAGUUUAUUGUGUGGAGUGACUGUUAGACUGGAGCAAAUCGAUACAUUUUGCGUUUGAAGAAGUUACUCUAACAUCGUAUUUUUAGUUCAUCCGCCAUAUUGGCGUUAAUAUCUCUUCAAGUGAAGACAUUGCUGUGUAAUCAGCGUUUGGUGCUCCAAUAUCAAUACUUCCCUACCCUGCAAUCAGAUGCAAGGUAGAUUGCUGACUCCAGCACAAUGCAGCAGGCAGUCGAUCCUCUCGCUACCACCAGCACGCCCACGGCAGAGCCCGUCAAUGGCGCUCCGCCUGAUGAGCCGGCGCGGCGGCAAGGGCGGAUGACCAAUCAGCUGCAAUUUCUACAAAAGAAUGUGAUGAAGGCAGUAUGGAAACAUCAGUUUGCAUGGCCUUUUCACCAACCAGUAGAUGCAAAAAAAUUAAACCUUCCUGACUAUCAUAAGAUAAUUAAAAAACCCAUGGAUUUAGGAACAAUAAAGAAGAGGCUUGAAUCCAAUUAUUACUAUUCAGCUCAGGAAUGUAUUCAAGACUUCAAUACCAUGUUCACCAACUGCUAUGUCUACAACAAACCUGGUGAGGAUGUUGUAGUCAUGGCACAAACUUUGGAGAAAUUGUUUCUAAACCGGAUAGCGCAAAUGGAUAAGGAAGAGAAAGAAAUUGAGACACCAUCAAAGGGUGGGAAGGGUGGAGUGAAGAAGCGUGGCACGUCGACGCCUGGUGCAGUGGGCGCUGUAGGCGGGGCGGGGCCGGCGAGCGCGCCCAGCCCCGCGCCGCGCGCCGCCAAGCCGCCGGGCGGCGCGCCGCACCCAGCGCUCGUGGGCUCCACCAACACCACCACCACCCCCGCCAUCCCCGCGCCGCCCGCCACGCCGCCCGCCACACACACUGGCUUGCCGCAACAGGUCGCCACUCAGCCGUCAAGUUUCCAUGUGACUCCACCGGCAGCCCCACCUGUCUCGACAAUACCUGCAGUAGCACUAUCCCAAACUCAGCCAGCUAAGGUAAAAAAGGGUGUGAAGAGAAAAGCCGAUACUACUACUCCUAUGGGAAGUUCUUUUGAAGGAGGAUACACUACACCAACAAUUGAUCAACAAAGUGGUCCCAAACCUGCAAAGAUUUCCACUAGGAGAGAGAGUGGGCGCCAGAAAAAGGCGAGUAGGACGGGCGAUGAUGGCUUCAAAAUGGGUGGAUUGUCUCCAAGUGGAGCAGGCGCUUCACAUCACUCUGCUAUGACACCCCAGCUUGCGAAGAGUAAAGAAAAGCUUUCAGAUGCUCUAAAGAGUUGUAAUGAAAUUUUGAAAGAAUUGUUUUCAAAGAAACAUUCAGGAUAUGCAUGGCCAUUCUACAAACCUGUAGAUGCCGAAUUGCUUGGACUUCACGAUUAUUUUGAUAUUAUUAAGAAACCAAUGGACCUUGGAACUGUUAAGCAAAAGAUGGACAAUAGGGCGUAUAAGACAGCCACUGAAUUUGCUGCUGAUGUCCGCCUAAUAUUCACAAAUUGUUACAAGUAUAAUCCUCCAGACCACGAUGUUGUCGCAAUGGCUCGAAAACUACAAGACGUCUUUGAAAUGAGAUACGCCAAGAUUCCCGAUGAACCUGUACACGUAGGAGUUCCACAUAUGGAUAAAGGAAGCUCGGCGUCAAGUUCAGAGUCGGGCUCUGAAUCAGAUUCUGAAUCUGACGAUUCAGAAGAAGAGAGAAAUAACAAAGUUAAGCUUUUAGAAAAAGAAUUACUUGCACUACAAGAAAAAAUGAGAAAACUAGUAGAAGAAUCAAAUAACAAAAAGAAAGCAAAGAAAAAAAUGAAGGACAAGCAAAAGAAACAAAUAACAAACAAUGCUGUGCCCAAAGCAAAUGCAGCAGCGGCUUAUGCAGCUAAAGCCAAUAAUAUUGCAGAGACUUUGGCUCCAAGCAAUGUUCGGGGAAAGACUGGUACGAAGCGAGGCGGUGGCGGUGGGGCGGCAGGGGGCAAGGCGGGCGCGCGCGCCGCGGCUCCGGGUAAGAAGAAGAGCUCCACGCCCACCGCUGCGCCGCCCCCGCACGUGCCGCCGCAUCCCGACACCGACGACGAGGAUCAGGCCAAACCCAUGUCCUAUGACGAGAAGCGACAGCUCUCGCUCGAUAUAAACAAACUGCCUGGUGACAAACUGGGUAAAGUAGUGCACAUUAUCCAAAGCAGAGAGCCCUCUUUACGGGACUCUAAUCCGGAUGAGAUUGAAAUAGACUUUGAAACCCUCAAACCUUCUACACUUCGGGAACUUGAAAACUAUGUCGCAUCAUGUCUUCGGAAAAAGACACAUCGAAAAGUGUCUGGUAAAUCUAAGGAUGAACAAAUAGCUGAAAAGAAACAGGAAUUAGAGAAAAGGCUGCAAGAUGUAUCUGGGCAAUUAGGAACAAAUAAAAAGCAGCAACAGAAAAAAGCAGAAGGUUGUAAGGAGGCCCUCGGUGGUGGCAUGUCGUCCUCUUCGAGUUCUUCUGACUCGUCCAACUCAUCCUCGAGCACUGAUACCAGUUCCUCAGACAGCAGUGAUAGUGAAGCAGGUACGGGAUCUAGUAGGACGCCCAAGAAGAAACCGAAGAAACAGCAUCAGCAUCCACCACAAGCUCACAAACCGGUGGCGCCUGUGACGGUUGCAACUACUUUGGCUGCGCCAGUGUCCGUGCCCACUACGGUGGAGAUGGUGGCACCGGCGCCGCCAGUGGACGUGAAGCCCGCCAUUGUGCCGCAGGAAGUAGUCCCUGCGCAGCCGCUGGAGCAUAAGGAACCCGCACCCAUUCCGACGCCCGUGCUCUCUGUGCCCACGUCUGUACCCCAGCCAUCUACUAACAUUAUUCCCGAUUCUUCCAUCACCCCAGUUGUACGUGAUAUAGAGGACCAGAAACCCAUACCUAAAAUUGAACCAAGAAAUGGCCUGGAUAAGAUAGAUGGGUCUCAGUACAUUGAUCCUAUUGAGAGAUCUCUGGCAAGUCUAGAGCGAAGUCUUAAAGCUGACGUACCUAUGGAUGUAAACGUGGGAGUAUCAGACACAUCAAUGAGACUAGAGGAGGAAUUUUCUCUACCUAAACCUCAAAUAAUGCCAGAUGCUGCCCAUCAAAACUUGAUGGCACAACUGGGUGGUUUGGCAGAGGUUGCUCGAGUACCAGAACAGAUUAAAACCGAAAUGUUUAUGCCACCGCACAAUGGGUUUGUGGACAAGCUGCAACAUGAACGUGAGAUGUUGCGACCUGACAUAAAUCCUAUAAUUCCUGGUAUGACAGGCGUGCCUCAGGUGACAUCCAUUUUUGACCCAAUACCUACAGCACAACAUAGUGUAAUCUCACAAUCCCACCUUACUAUGCCGAAUGCGCCGUGUCUUAUCACACCUGCAGCGAAAAAAGAAGAUGUGAAACCUUUACUGACACCAAAACCAAUCGAAGACCUCAUGGGAAUUCCAAACAUGGUUUCCAAUAAUAUUUCCGACCGCGUUAAGUACGAAAUGGAAAAGAAAAUGGAGGACUCCAAAAAUACUAACUUUGCACAAGCUUUCAAACUCAAACAAGAACAAAAUUUGAAAAAUGCAAGCUCUUGGUCUUCGCUUGCACAAGCAGGAAGUCCACAGAGUAUACCAAAUAUGGGACCUAAUCAUCAAAUUAAACAGAAGCCUGUUAUGGAUAGUUUUCAGGCAUUCAAGAAACAAGCUAAAGAGAAAAUUGACCGCCAAAGAGCUCUUAUAGAACAACAAGAGUUGCGAAAAAAGGAACAGGCAGAGAGAGAAAGACAGCGCCAAGAGACUGAAAGGCGACAACCAGAUGAAGAAAAAAUGAGGCAAGUUUUACAAACUUUAAAGAAAUCGGUGGCUCAAGGCGUGCGUAAAGUGGAGAGCGCAGAGGUGGCUUCCCCGCGUGUGUCCCCAGUGGCGCGCGCCUCGCCGCCCGCCGCGGCCGCUGCCGCCGCCACCGCCGCGCCCGACAAGCCGGCCGCCUCCGAGCGUGAGCGCCUGCGUCAGCGAGAACAGGAACGUCGCAGACGAGAGGCUAUGGCGGGUCAGAUAGACAUGAAUAUGCAAAGUGAUUUAAUGGCGGCAUUCGAAGAAUCACUGUAAUAUGCUUUAAGGAGGACACUAAUAAAUUGUACAUAUGAGUAUAUAAAUAUUAAUUUUACGUCAAUGCAAUCGAUAAUUAUGGUGAUAGUAUGACACCGAAGUGAGUUUGUGAUCGUUUAGUGCGUGAAACAGUUGACUAACAUGUGGUUAAGUGCUGUGAAUAGGUAUACUUAAACUGUUGUAACGUCAUUAUUGAUUUCGUGGUCACAUAUUAUGGGCCUUUACUAGAGGGUUGCAUUUUAAUUAAAAUUAACUUGUAUUAUAAGUUUGUAUGUAAGGUCCUAAUGGUAAACAACUCUCUUUACAUUCGUAAGUCUAUAUUUAUAUUUCGUUUUAGAGGCGUCUCCUUCCUUCCAUAAUUGUUUUAUAGUGUCUACUAAUGACGAUAGAAUGGUAGAUUGGAAAAUCAACAUGUUUUAUGUAAUUGGUGAAUAAACAAUCAAAUAAACUAUGAAAUCUGUUACGUGACUUCACACCAUUUCUCAUUGCAUCGCUGUAUUACGAAUUGAAUAUUUCGGAAAUAAAAGUAAUUCUUGACGCUUAGAAGUAAAAAAAAUGCCAUAACAUUAAAAUGUCGCUUAAAAUUCAACGUGCAAUGGGUGACGGCGUGGGUUUAUAUUUAUUAGUGAAUGGAAUUUCUGUUACGUAUUCGAUUUUCGAUAAAUAUUGCUUAAUGUUAGUAGAUUUUUUAUCAGUCUGUCAUGGAAAACAGAUCAAAUGUCAUACAUUUGAUUUGAAAUAUAUUUAUUUUACAUUGGAAUAUGUCUUUUUAUGUUUGUAGAUAGAUAACUCCAGUGCAAAUGUAGUAAUUUUUAACGAGUUUUGCGUACAUACUCAUUUAUGAAUGAGAGAAUAUAAAUAUGAAUGAAUACCAAUAAUACAAAUCUCCACGAAACAUUGUAUAUUGUUAAGCAACUUAAUUUCAGCCAUUUACUCUCAAUCUCGAAAUCAAAUGUAGAUAUGAAGUAAAAUAUAUUGACAUUCCAUAUUGUAUAUAUGUUGUUUAAAUUGUUAUUUAUGUUUUGUUUUCGCCAAUGAAUCGUUUUGGACAGGUAUUAUGACAAAAUCUUGUCUAAAAAAUAGCGAAGUUAGAAACAAAACCGUUAAAAUCUCUAACCAGAGAUUCACUGGUAAGCUUAUACAUAUAAGCAUUAACUUGGUAAUUUUGACCAUUUUUAUGUACAAAUAUUCAGAAGAAUAGUUACAAUAUUGGAUACCACGUUUGAAUACGAAAUUAAUAAUUAUAUCCUACG